CCAUGCUGCAUCCCUCAAACACCUCUGCCGAAUGCACUCUGAUGCUAAAUGUGCUAAGUAACUGAUCUUCCGGCUCCGCUGUCCCAAUCACAAGCGACGAAGUCAAAUGUCCAUCAUCCCAGGGUGGGUUCUCUGAUUGUGCCACGAGCACUUCCACGUCGAUGAAUCAAAGUCAGGCCCAAUCGCAGAGCGCAAGUCCAUCGGAGGAUUGUUAGAGCAAUGAUGGCUCAUGAUGAUGUGGCUGGUUGCGACCAGACCGCCCUUUGACUAUAACCGGCCCAAACACCCUCCACCCCCCACCCAUCGUUAAACUUGUGAACGGCUGUCCCGGCCAGUGCUCAAGGGGGAGGGUGGCCAGUUUGUCCCGUGUGUGGGUGUACCGUCAUGAUGCCGUUCAUACCACUUCUCUUCGUCCUGGCCGGCCUUACUUUGUUUUUCUCCCGGCGUCGGUAUAGGGCCAUUGGAAAUGCAGAGCCCUUCGUCGUUGUCAAGGGUCACACAUACUCCGACAGUGUGGAGGAGACGGUGGCCCAGCCUCUAGCGAGCACGAAGAUUGAAUCUGUUCGGAGUGCUUGCAUCAUUGGGGCUGGAUAUGUGGGUGCAUUAACGGCGAUUGUACUUGCCUCGCAGAACCCCCAUAUCCAGUUCUGUGUGCUUGACGGGGACGAGAGUCUUAUUGCGGCUUGGAAUUCCGAUCGACUGCCCGUGUUUGAGCCAGGACUAGAAGCGAUGCUCUUCGAAGAACCGUCUGGGUUUGCUCAAGAUGCGCCAGCUACUUCAGAGCAAUCGAUGGAUUUGAACAGCAUUCAGCCUCGGAAACGAAAAUUGGCAAAUCUCACGUUCUCAACAAACGUCCACGCGGGUGUGGUAGCAGCAGAUCUGAUAUUCCUCUGCGCCGAAACACCUUCGACCAUAACUAAUGAUGGGGCAGAACACCUGGACCUGUCCCAGCUGGAAGCAGCCAUUCAGGUGAUCGCCCAGGUAUCAACUGGCCACAAGAUCAUCGCCCAAAAGAGCACAGCCCCAUGUGGAGUCGUUCAACGAAUAAAGAAAAUUCUGCGUAAAAACGCUUCUCCGUCAGCCUCGUUUGAUGUGUUAUCUAAUCCGGACUUCCUGGUCCCCGGUGCGGCUCUUCAUAACCUCCUUUACCCUCCCCGAGUCAUUAUCGGACAUAUCUUCUCCGAGGACAUGUCUCCAGAGGCUAUAACCGCACUCAAGCAAUUGUAUGUCCCCUGGGUCCCCGAGGAGCGCAUAAUCACCAUGGAUGCGUGGUCAUCAGAGCUAGGCAAGAUAGCUGCAAACGCCUUUCUUGCACAGCAGAUCAGCAGCCUUCACUCACUGAGCACUAUUUGCGAGUCUACCAAUGCCAACAUCGACUACAUCACCCAGAUCCUGGGGGUACCACAGCGUAUCGGCUUUGGUUUCGGCAGCUUGCACUUGCAAACCGAGGUAUCAUGUUUGAUCUACCUGGCGCAAGAGCUGGGGCUGCAACAAGUCGCUGAAUAUUGGAGGGCCACCAUUCGGAUGAACGAUUUUCACAAUCGGCGCAUUUCUCAACGGCUUGUGGCUCAGCUAUCGGGAGACUUGACAGAAACGAAAAUUGCGAUCCUGGGCUUCACCCCGAAGGAGGACAACAGCCUUCACUCCGUGGCACUGGGGCUGGUUCGAGACUUGACCAGCAAUGGAGUGCAAGUGAUAGUUCACGACCCUUUCAUCCCCCCCGAUCAGCUGGAGAGGACGCUACGUCUGAGAAACCCAUCUCUCGAGGGAAUCACUGCGGCAGAGUCGGUGGAGGCAGCAUGCAUGGGAUGUAGUGCUGUCGUUCUUCAUACGGACUGGGAGGUGUUUGGCCAUGAGAAAGUCCGGUGGCAGGGGAUCGCUAAUCAGAUGCAGGAGCCGAAGGUGCUCUUGGACCCUUGUGGUAUGUUCGAUCAGUUUAAGAUGCAGCAAUGGGGGUUCAAGAUGUUGCAAGUGGGCGUGAGACAGGCGGACAGCCAUUGAAGACUGGAGAUGAUUGUGAGUAGUAUUGAAGAAUGUUUACAAGCGCCAGGUUAUACGUAUUAGUUAUAUUAGCAUGGAAGGAGUUACUG